AUGCAACAGGAACAGCGGGUCGAGGAACACUCCCAACCUCAAGAACACGAAGCUGUACCAACUUGGCAUGCGCCGCAUCAGCUGCUGGCGGCCCGCGCCCAGCUCGACUGCCAGGGCGAGGGCUUGACCCCUUUGCUCAGUGCUGUGGGCAACGGACACCACGAGGCUGUAGAAGUGCUGCUGGCUGCUGGUGCGCCGGGAAGCCAGGCUGAGGCUGCCUCCGCCUUCAGUGUGGCGUGCGGCGCUGGGGACUGCGCCGUGGUGCGGCAGCUGCUGGAUGCGCGAGCAGAUCCAGCGGCGACCCAUGCGCUGUGCAGCGCAGCAAGCGGUGGGCACGUGGAGGUGGUUGCCUUGCUCUUGGAGCUCUCGGUGGAUCUGGAGUCGGCCCCCGAUGGCCUAACGCCUUUGUGCCUGGCUUCCGAGGCUGGUCAUCUGGAGGUGGUCUGCCGCCUGCUGCAGGCGCGAGCCCAGCUGGACAGCGGUCCCAUGGCGGCAGCGGAGCAGGGCCUGGCGACGCCGGCGGCGGCACUGGCGCAGAGAGCGGGGCAUGUGGAGGUGAUGCAGCUGCUUGAGCAGAUUGCCCGAGACAGAUCCCGUAGUGGAAAAGAUAGGCAUUCUUGUGGCGUUUUGUGGCUUGCUUUGGCUUGCCUUCAAACGUGGAGAGAGCCAUGGGGAGACACUUGCCUCCAAGCGUCUAGUUGGAUUGCAAUGGCAGAGAGCCCGAAUGAAUCCAGCGAUAGGGGUCCCAUUGCGAAACCCACCACCAUGGUCAUGGCUGUGUUUACCAGCAUCAUCGCAGCUUAUCCAUUCUACGGCAUCAUCACCAAGUUGUCCAAGCCGGACUUGGAGACCUUUGUCCCAUGCAACGACCGGCCAUGCAACUUUCAACGGCUCUUCACAGGCUCCGGCGUGCCGGGCACAGCCCCUGAUGUUUUGGCCGUGCAGAAUGGUGUUGCUCGACCCCUGGUGAUGACCGACGAAUUCCAUGCAAUUCCAGUGGAAUAUGACGUUGUCCAGGCUCGAAUCUUGCCGCGGACACCUCUUGGGCUUCUAGGAAUUAAUGACUACGUAUGGCCAUGUGUUGGGGAGAAAUGUGCCUCUGCCAUGUAUCACAUGGUCCAAUACUGCAUAUGUGGUGUUUGCUUAGAUGAUCACUGGGGUCUUUCGUUUGGCAUGACACUGGGGACGUGGGACAAUUACUGGCUUUUGCAAUCUCAAAGGACCGAGCAUGCCACCAGAAGGGUCCAUCACUUCCGCCGAAACCAAUCCAACCAGACGACGUACAGCUUGCAAACAGAGACCUUAUUGUGGAGCAACAAAGGCUUGCAGGUCUUCUACGAAGUCGUGGCAUCGUUUGUCAAUCUUUACUCUGGUGUUGUCCUAUCAAUCUUUGGAGAGUCAAGAGUCAGCGGAUCCGAAUCCUUGCUAGACGGUCUUUGCCCCAACGUCACUCAGCAGGGAGCUGCAGCAGCAAGUUCAGUGUUACUGUUCAUCGCAGCCUGUGAGAUUUUUGUGGCACAGGUGCUCAUGCUCCUGACAACUGUCUCCCUUGAGGCUCAGCCCCAACUAGGACUGCCUGCGAAGCUGUGCCUGUGUGGCCCAGCGCUGGUAAGUGUAAUUUGGGUGUCCCACCGGAUUGGAAGCAGGGCAUACCUGGGCACUUUGGGUGCCUGGAAUCCCUCUUGGCAAGCGCUGUGCUUCGUCCUUUGUUUGAUGCCUGCUUUGGAUGCCAUGACAGGGAGGCACCCAGCCGAAGUGGAUUUACUGUGGUGUUCCACCCGAUGGACCAUGUCUGGUGGCCUUUGGGCCACCUUGAUGCUGCGCUUUGCUUUCUGGGAAAUCAAAGGUGCGUAUAAGAUCGAGAACUCCUUAACGGCAUGUUUGUGUUCUUAUCUGCCCCCUCUUCAGUACAAACUUGUGCAUCGCUUUUUACUUGGGGCGCUUGGCAAGCGAAGACAUUUUCUAGUGGCUGGAUGUGUGUACCUGCCAGACGCUGCGAAACGGAAGCUUUUGGAUGGUUUGCCAGGAUAUCAAUUGAUGACAACUACGGACAGUGAUGCUGAGAAUCAAGACGAGUCGCAGUAA